CAUUCUUUCAUAUUAAAAAAGACGAUUCUCCAGAUUUAUAACUUCACUGGGCAAAAAGCUCUCUCUUUAAUUAUUGGCAUAAGAGGUGACUCUUUGAUUUGCAUCUCAGAAAGGAUUUUGACAACCAGAAACAAAUAGUCAUUACAAAAGCCAUAAUCAAAGAAACAAAGAUGUUGCUAAGGAGCUCAUCAACACCAGUACUUGGCUCUCUCAUUUCUUCAUUUUCAGAGACUCCUACCAAAACCGUCAAUAACAACGUCAACAAUCACCAUGAAUCCAAGAAACAGUGCCACCUCCCACCCGUUAUUCCCCAUACCAACCACCAUAACCACGACAACAAAUUACUCCCACAUGGGACUCGUAAUCUGCCUUCUGUCUCUUGCAAUUCUUCUCCUAUAUCUCCCGCAGUUACUGACCAUUUAUCUGAUUCCCAUAAGGGAUUUCGUCGAGUUCGGUCUGAUGGAAACUUGGAAGGGCUAGCCUAUGCUUGUUGCACCGAUGAAGAACUCAAUAAUACAAACCAAAACCAACAACCCCAGAUGUUUUCAGGGAGAAGCAAGUGCUUGAUGUUGGAAACAAUACCUUCUUUUUCAUACUCUACUAUGAGAGGCAGGCGUGAAGAUGAAGAAGAUGAAAGUGAUAUAGAAUAUGAGGAGGAGGCAGAGGAAGAGGAAGAGGACGAAGAGUUUUUUGAGAGAAAUAUUGGAAAGGAUAGAAAGAGGGUCAUGGCUAUGGGAGGAAGUGAGUUUAGUUUCGAGAAUGAGAUGGGGAGUAUGGUUCUUAGUGAGGAGGCCAAAGCUAUGGAUAAAUUGUGGAAUACGAGUUUUGCAAGGGAAAACGAGGUUAUUGGUCAACAAAUGUAUCUUGCCAUGGGACUUGGCAUUGGUGGGGGAGGUGGUGGAGUCGGCGGCGGCGGCGGCGGUGACUUUUAUGCAGGGUCCGGCGGGGAAGGUGGGGAUAAUGGCAGGGUUGAGGAACAUUAUAGGAGGAUGGUAGAGGAAAAUCCAGGAAACCCUUUAUUCUUGAGAAAUUACGCUCAAUUUCUGUAUCAGAGUAAGAAAGACCUUGGGAUGGCAGAGGAGUACUACUCUCGUGCAAUUCUAGCAGAUCCUGGGGACGGUGAUAUUCUGUCACAAUAUGCUAAGUUGGUGUGGGAGCAUCAUGGUGAUGAGAAUAGAGCUUCUAGCUAUUUUGAAAGAGCAAUCCAAGCUUCUCCUCAUGAUAGCAAUGUGCAAGCGUCGUAUGCUAAUUUUCUAUGGGAAACAGAAGAAGAUGACGAUGGAUGUAACGUACUAAAAGAUCUGGAUACCGUGGGUAAGCGACUUCACGGAGGAGCUUUAGCUUCUGCAAAUAUAAUUCACUUCACCGUGUUAUUGGAUUCCCUUCAGUUGAUGUUGGCUGGCUGGUUAAUCUUGGAGGAUUAUCUCUACCCUUCUGUUUUACCUGGCGUUGGCGAUUUUGACAACCAGAAACAAAUAGUCAUUACAAAAGCCAUAAUCAAAGAAACAAAGAUGUUGCUAAGGAGCUCAUCAACACCAGUUCUUGGCUCUCUCAUUUCUUCAUUUUCAGAGACUCCUACCAAAACCGUCAAUAACAACGUCAACAAUCACCAUGAAUCCAAGAACCAGUGCCACCUCCCACCCGUUAUUCCCCAUACCAACCACCAUAACCACGACAACAAAUUACUCCCACAUGGGACUCGUAAUCUGCCUUCUGUCUCUUGCAACUCUUCUCCUAUAUCUCCCGCAGUUACUGAUCAUUUAUCUGAUUCCCAUAAGGGAUUUCGUCGAGUUCGGUCUGAUGGAAACUUGGAAGGGCUAGCCUAUGCUUGUUGCACCGAUGAAGAACUCAAUAAUACAAACCAAAACCAACAACCCCAGAUGUUUUCAGGGAGAAGCAAGUGCUUGAUGUUGGAAACAAUACCUUCUUUUUCAUACUCUACUAUGAGAGGCAGGCGUGAAGAUGAAGAAGAUGAAAGUGAUAUAGAAUAUGAGGAGGAGGCAGAGGAAGAGGAAGAGGACGAAGAGUUUUUUGAGAGAAAUAUUGGAAAGGAUAGAAAGAGGGUCAUGGCUAUGGGAGGAAGUGAGUUUAGUUUCGAGAAUGAGAUGGGGAGUAUGGCUCUUAGUGAGGAGGCCAAAGCUAUGGAUAAAUUGUGGAAUACGAGUUUUGCAGGGGAAAACGAGGUUAUUGGUCAACAAAUGUAUCUUGCCAUGGGAAUUGGCAUUGGUGGGGGAGGUGGUGGAGUCGGCGGCAGCGGCGGCGGUGACUUUUAUGCAGGGUCCGGCGGGGAAGGUGGGGAUAAUGGCAGGGUUGAGGAACAUUAUAGGAGGAUGGUAGAGGAAAAUCCAGGAAACCCUUUAUUCUUGAGAAAUUACGCUCAAUUUCUGUAUCAGAGUAAGAAAGACCUUGGGAUGGCAGAGGAGUACUACUCUCGUGCAAUUCUAGCAGAUCCUGGGGACGGUGAUAUUCUGUCACAAUAUGCUAAGUUGGUGUGGGAGCAUCAUGGUGAUGAAGAUAGAGCUUCUAGCUAUUUUGAAAGAGCAAUCCAAGCUUCUCCUCAUGAUAGCAAUGUGCAAGCGUCGUAUGCUAAUUUUCUAUGGGAAACAGAAGAAGAUGACGAUGGAUGUAACGUACUAAAAGAUCUGGAUACCGUGGGUAAGCGACUUCACGGAGGAGCUUUAGCUUCUGCAAAUGUUUAACUGGAUCU